AUGAAACCCUUCGUCACUGGCCAUGAAGACCUAGUACAUGAUGCAGCGUAUGACUUCUACGGCAGACACGUCGCUACCUGUUCGUCUGAUCAACACAUCAAAGUUUUCCGUUUGGACAGAGAAACCAAUGAAUGGCAACUCAGCGACUCUUGGAAAGCUCAUGAUAGUUCAGUUGUUGGCCUUAAUUGGGCGAGUCCUGAAUACGGAAGAAUCAUAGCCUCAGCUUCUUACGAUAAGCUUAUCAGAUUAUGGGAAGAAGAGCCAGACACUCCUGAAUGUUCAGGUCGUAGAUGGACCAAAUUGUGCACGCUGAAUGAUGCCACUGGGCCGCUUUUCAGCGUCAAGUUCGCACCAGGACAUUUGGGUUUAAAGCUGGGGGCAAUUGGCAACGAUGGAAUGCUGAGGAUCUAUGAAGCACUCGAACCAUCAGAUCUGAGGUCUUGGAGCUUGACCACAGAAAUUCCUGUUUUACGCACACCCCCUGCAUCGCAUUUGCAAUCCGAUUUCUGUUUGACGUGGUGUCCAUCGAGAUUUUUACCGGAGAAGCUAUUGGUAUGCGCGUUAGACCAAGCUUUAAUUUAUCAAAAAGACAAAAAUGGGAAGAUGUACGUUGCAGCUAAGCUUGAAGGUCAUGGUGGGUUAAUAAGGUGCGUCAGUUGGGCUCCUUCGAUAGGUAGGUGGUAUCAAUUAAUUGCCACUGGUUGUAAAGACGGAAAAGUUCGGAUAUUCAAGGUUACCGAGACUUUAAAAAACAAUGAUCAUGACAGAGACGACAAUGAAUCAAUGAGUGUGGAUCAAGAAGAUGAUGAAGCCGACUCUAAGGCAGGAAUUCCUGAAUUGAAGGUUGAGCUAAUAAGUGAGAGCGGUGACCACAGAGGUGAAGUUUGGUCAGUUUCAUGGAAUUUGACGGGCACCAUUUUAAGUUCCGCUGGCGACGAUGGAAAAGUGCGUCUAUGGAAAGCGUCAUACUCAAAUGAGUUUAAAUGCAUGUCCGUGAUCAGCGCUCAACAGCGUUCAUAG